AUGUCUGGCCGUGGAAAAGGUGGAAAGGGUUUGGGAAAAGGAGGCGCCAAGCGCCACCGUAAGGUGUUGCGGGACAACAUCCAGGGCAUUACUAAGCCUGCGAUUCGCCGCUUGGCUCGUCGUGGCGGAGUGAAGCGUAUCUCUGGCUUGAUCUAUGAGGAGACUCGCGGGGUGCUGAAGCACGCCAAGAGAAAGACCGUGACCGCCAUGGACGUCGUGUACGCUCUGAAGCGCCAAGGCCGUACUCUCUACGGAUUUGGUGGCUAA